AUGCCCAUCCAGAUGAUUCGCCGCUCAAGCAAGUCUGUGCUCGACCACGAUAAGCCCAAUGAGAGCCGCAGAAUAACCAUCAGUAACCUUCCAUCCGGAGUCAGUAUCGCCCAGGUUCUUAGGGGUGUCCGCGGCUUCGGCCCAGUCGCCGAUGUGUUUCUCUUCGACACGGCCAAGGUCGACGGCCAGGGAACCAAAUCUGCCAGCGUUGAGUUCGUGUCGGCCAACUCAGCCGCAACCUUCGCUUGGUCGGCCAACUCGAACUUUUACCUCGAGUAUGAGGACAGCGAAACCCGCCGCACUGCCGACGUGUGGCUUGUCCCUGGCCGAACCCACCGGUCCAAGUUCGCUUCGGCAUUCAAAAAUGUCACUCGUCGAUUCAAGAUAGACAACUUCCCGAUCAACGCUGUCUGGUUCUUCAUUUGCGCCGUGGGCGGCGAGAAGGCAGUCGUACAUGCCGACUACAACCACAACCCCGGAUCCGCGGCGCUCACCGUUGAGUUCGUCUCCUUGGCUCAUUCCGCCCAAGCUUACCGGUUGCUCCGAAACAAGGAGUUUCCAUUUUAUGCUCCCUCCUCUGGAGAACUCCAUUGGAUCGCCGAGGAUGAAACGCGAUUGGACUUGUCGAGCCCGAGCACUUCCUCCCACUCUUCCAAUUCAGUCGAUCUUCCCUCUUCCGGCUCUGUGAAUUAUUUUGCAGACGAUGAGCUUGCAGAAGAUGAUUCGGAAUCGGACCUGCCAAGCCCGGAUCCUGGCUGCCGCACUCCUCCCGAUAAUUCUCCCAAGCGCGAGUUCGUGGCAUACAUUGCGCCGGAUCAACUUGCCAUCUCAUUCGACAAGGUCCCAUACAACGAGGACUGGCCGGUUCAGAAGCAUUACAUUAUGGACUUGUACCAUCUCGAACCUCACAGCAGGGAGGAGGUGGAAGAGGCACGCAAAAACGAGGUAGAGAUGCUGUCCAAGUGCCUCGGUUUGAACCGCAAGAAGUGGAGUUGGGAGGCCACACACGAGGGCUCCUACAAGUUGGCCUGCUUCUCCUGGAACACCCUCCUCUCAUCAAUGAGCAACCCGCGACUAAAGCGCGUCUGGGAAGUUUUCUUCCGCAAGCACCAACAUGUUACCAUAAACCUCCAGAAAUGGGAGGCUUACGCCCGGCUCGCCCAGCACCGGCGGGAGCUGUGCGAGCAGCAGGGUUUGCCUGACGGGCACAUCCCGAGGUGCCCGGCUGACUGCAAGUUUGGGUGUCUGGAGAUCAAGGCCACUCCCGUCUCUGACGUGAUCCGAGAGUUCCUCGAGCAGGAGUGGAACUAA